UUAGAUCUGCUAGUUAUAGGCUGGUUCAGCUCCAAUGCAGCUAAAGGAAAGACAACUCAACAAAUUCCCACAAAAAAGUCUAAAUAACACUUCACCUUCUUCACCACAUCACGGGGACUUCCAAUUCACCCUCUCUCACAUCUAGAAGGCAGGUUUUUGCGUCUAUCACUUUGAUUGAGGCGAAGGGAAGCUGCUAUAGGUUUAAAAAUGGCAGGCUUGACCUUGAAAGUCACCAACAGGUCCCGGAAGGGUCUUAAGGGACUUCCUUCAACCAUUGAGGUGCCCGAAGAUGCCACAGUCGACGACGCGAAGAAGAUCGUUGCCCGCGCCGCCAAUGUGUCCGACCACUACCGCAUCGGCAUCUUCGACCCCGUGUCCAAGAAGACCAUUAAGGAUAGAAACUCCUUGCUUAAGAGCCAUGCCGAAGUCGUGAAGCGCGGAGAGCUGCUCGUCAAGGACCUUGGCCUCCAAAUCGGCUGGCGCCUCGUCUACGUAAUCGAGUACCUCGGGCCCCUCCUCUUCCACCCCCUCUUCCUCAGCGUGCGGCACACCCUCUACCCAGCCGUAUACCCGUACCUCAAGACCUACCUCCCAUACACCGCGCGCGCGGACCCAAGCCUCUCCUUCGCCCAGCAAGCCGCCUUCGGCAUGGUCAUGGCGCACUUCGUCAAGCGGGAGCUCGAAACCAUGUUCCUGCACAAGUUCUCCGCGGCCACCAUGCCCUUCGCCUACAUCUUCCGCAACUCCGUCUUCUACUGGGCCAUGGCCGGGUUCCUCGGGGCUCUCGAGAUCUACGCCCCCUUUUCGCCCGCCGCAGUCGCCCCCGACGCCCCGUCCCCGUUGACGUAUUUCGGCUUCUUCCUAUUUGCCGUCGGCGAGAUCCUGAAUUUCGACGUGCAUUGGUACCUCGCGCACCUGCGCAAGCCGGGCGAGACGGAUCGCAAGAUCCCGCGCGGUCAUGGAUUCGGUAUUGUGACGUGUCCGAAUUACAUGUAUGAGAUUAUCGCGUGGAUUGGGAUUAUCAUCGUUACGCGCAGCCCGUCUUUGUUUGCUUUCAUCUGCGUCGGCUCGUACUAUAUGUACACUUGGGGCUGGGGCAAGGAGAAGACGUACCGUAAGCAGUUCGGUGAUAAGUACAAGAAGAAGCGCAGCGUCAUGCUGCCGGGUCUGCUAUAAACUUGUUCGGUUCUUAGUUGGACCGAUACGACGAAUGGCGGGAUGUCCUGCGUGCCUUAGCUAUAUCAGAGUAAAGGCAAGGAAGGCAAGGUUGGGGAAAUGGGGUCAUUAGACAUGAAAGGAGUUCGGAAAAUAUCUAGAAAUGGAGUUGUAUCGAGCUAAUCUAAUGAGGCCUAGUU